CUACAUGUAAGAGCCAAUCACGAACUGGUUAAUUCAACACGUCACCGCAGCUGCAUUUAAAAGCUCCGGUUUCCAUAGAAACAACAAGUGUUCUGAGAAACACGUUUAGCAGUGCGCAUGCGCACUGACCGGACUAACCGGAUAUUUACGCCUAUACCGCUAUUUUGGAGCAGGAAACAAUGUAUUGUACGGCGCGUGUCGGAUUGUUUUCCUGAAUAGGAAUAUGUUAUUUAAACGAACUUGAGAAACAGUUUUUGGCAUCUCGGUAUUUCCACAUUCAAGUAGAUAAGAGUUGAUUUGGACAGCGGCCCGGAUGCGAUGAAAAUAUGGCCACCGAGUGAACCGACUUUACAAGAAACGGACUUUAAACUAUAAUGACACCAGAGAGCAGCCAGAUGAACGGGUCAGUCGGGCCGAUGCGAGUGUUGGUGACGGGCGGCAGUGGGCUGGUGGGGCGAGCGAUAGAACGGCUGGUGAAAGAAGAGGGCGAAAACAGAGAAGGAGAAGAAUGGAUAUUCCUGACAUCCAAAGAUGCCAAUCUUCUGAGCGCUGAAGAGACGAGAGCAGUCUUCGAGAAACAUCGUCCGACGCACGUCAUUCAUUUAGCUGCGAUGGUGGGCGGACUCUUCAGAAACAUGAGACAGAACCUGGACUUCUGGAGGAAUAAUGUGUUUAUCAAUGACAACGUGCUGAAGGCGGCUCAUGAGUUCGGAGUGCUGAAGGUCGUUUCUUGCCUUUCCACGUGUAUCUUUCCAGAUAAAACUGCUUACCCUAUAGAUGAGACUAUGAUUCACAACGGUCCGCCUCAUGAGUCUAAUUUUGGUUAUGCUUACGCCAAACGCAUGAUUGAUGUCCAGAACAGGGCGUUAUUUCAGCAGUACGGUCUGCGAUACACAGCCGUCAUCCCCACUAAUGUAUUUGGACCCCAUGACAACUUCAACAUUGAUGACGGUCACGUCCUGCCGGGGUUGAUCCACAAGACCUACCUGGCAAAGAAGGAAGGUAAACCUCUGCAGGUCUGGGGUUCGGGUCGUGCUCUGCGUCAGUUCAUCUAUUCUCUGGAUCUGGCUCGUCUGUUUGUGUGGGUUCUGAGGGAGUACGACGAGGUGGAGCCCAUCAUUCUCUCAGUGGGAGAAGAGGAUGAGUUGUCCAUAAAGUUUGCUGCGGACGCUGUGGUCGAAGCGUUGGGGUUCAAGGGUGACGUGAUUUAUGACACUAGUAAAGCAGACGGUCAGUUCAAGAAAACUGCCAGUAACGCCAAACUACGCAAAUACCUGCCAGACUUCAAGUUCACGCCGUUCAAACAAGCCAUCCAGGAGACGUGUGAUUGGUUUGUGGCAAAUUAUGACUCCGCCCGUAAAUGAAACUCUUCACAUCUGAUUGUCUGCGGGGAGCUUGGACACUGUUGCUUGAAACUUGAACAACACUUGAACAUUUUUACAAAGACAAUCUCAUGGACCACUGCCAUCUAAACCCUCUUUUCAUGCCAAUUUAAAGUUUUCUUUCUUCAUUUUACAAGAAUGCAGUUACUAAAUCUGCACAAUGCUGCGUUUUUAAAUGCAUUUAUUAAUGCAUAAACUGCUUCAGACGGCGCCAUCUAGCGGCUACGCGCGGGACAUCCUUAGUAUCUCAACCGAGGUUUAAAAUUAAACCCCAAAUUAAAGCAAAAACCUGCAUUGGUGAGUAUUUUUCAUUUUAACAAUGCAUGGAUGUAAGAACUCAGUAAGUAGUGCUGUUAUGAAAUCACAAAAGCAAUAUGUAAGUAUAUGGUCCAAAACAAUAGGUGUUCACAUUUAACGCUGAAGACGUUUUCUG